CUGUCUCCAAGCUGCUCCUGCCUCAUGGAACCAAUGGCACUGGCCCUCAUUCUCGGUCUGUGACAGUGGGGAUGUGAUGCCAAGGGGGUUGGAGGCCCUGUGUGGAACCAGAACCGUGUCCCUUGCAGGUUGGUGGCUGGUGGCAGCGAGCAGAGCACAGCAUUUGCCCCGACCCUCCCUGUCACUGCACCCCAGCCAGGGGGUGUCCCUGGGUGACACUGUCACCCUAAGGUGUCACCUGCCCCAGCUGGCUGCCUGGGUCCGGCUGUACAAGGAAGGACGUUGGAUACACAGCAAUUACAAGUACAAGGAGCAGGACACUGCAGACUUCUCCUUCUUGAGCACGUAUCGGGAGCACGAAGGUACAUAUCGGUGUCAGUACCGGCUGCCUUGGUCAGCAGUGGAAUCAGAGAAGAGUGAUCCUGUGGAGCUGGUGCUGACAGGUGAGGGCACUGGGGACAGCAGAUGGCUCUGCUUGCUCCCAGCAGGACCGUGUCCUAUUGCUGUCCCU